GGGAGACCAGAUAUAGUGAAUGCAGGGUCCGGGGAGACCAGAUAUAGUGAAUGCAGGGUCCGGGGAGAGCGGAUAUAGUGAAUGCGGGGUCCGGGGAGAGCGGAUAUAUGAAUGCGGGGUCCGGGGAGACUGGAUAUAGUGAAUGCAGGGUCCGGGGAGACCGGAUAUAGUGAAUACAGGGUCCGGGGAGAGCGGAUAUAGUGAAUGCAGGGUCCUGGGAGAGCGGAUAUAGUGAAUGCAGGGUCCUGGGAGACUGGAUAUAGUGAAUGCAGGGUC